UCAUGAGGAAUUUGAGGUGUGAAUGGUCAUUACCAUAUCUUUUGUUUCCAAGGGUGGGAGAGGUCUGAGGUCUGAAUUGGUCAGUACAAUGUGUGACAAGCUUGGUAGGAACAUCCUGUGUUCAGUGUUUUGUCCAUUUGAGUACCUUAAAAACAAUUUGCAUGCAUCUUUAAUGGUGAAAAAUAAAAUGUGGACAGCAUCAGGAACUGGAAGAGUUAAAAUAAAUUUUCAGACACAAAUACUUAUAAACGCGAUUUGCCGCAUUUACAAGCGUUUUGCAUUUUGAAACACUGAUAAAAUCGUCUGCUGAAUGCAAGAUUUCUGCAU